AUAUCUACGUUCACCGGAGGGGAUUCUUGGGCGUUGGGACAAGAGGAGGGGAUGCGUAAGGGGGCGUGCUAUAUUAUGUGGACGCGAAGAGCCGCUUAUUCAUAAUUCUACUAGCCGCAGGUGUAGGGCCGGCCACCUAUUGACAUGCUCUGCACUGUUCUUCAAUCAAAGCCUACACAUCGAGUCCAAGGGGUAUGAGGAAUUACGCGCCGGUAAAGGGUUUCGCAAUUUUAACUGACAUUUAAUGCGCGUCUGUUGUAUACCCUCAUACAUAAUUGCCGUGCCUGUAUGGGAGAAAGAUCGAGUAAGCUGCGAGAGCAAAUUACUUGACGUGGAUGAUGGUGGUCGCGAUUAAGGACUUUCUUUGUCAAAAAUAAAGGAAUAAAUGAACACGAUGACUGACCAGUACAGCAUGUUUCUCACUACUGCUCCCCCUCUGAGGAGAGGAAGCACACCUCUACCAAUUAAGCACCAGCUGAGGCGAGAGGAAGCCGUAUCAGAGGACCAUGAUUGGAUACCAGGGAUUGAUGAGCCUGCUAUGUUGCCAAUCAGUGACACUCUUGGCCGGGAUGAAUCAUUUAGUCAAGCAUCAGAGGGAUAUCAUGGGAGUGCUAUAAGGAUCGUGCUGCUUGGGCAGAAUGGGGUUGGGAAAUCAGCACUAGCUCUGUCCCUGGCUGGACUGUCAGACAGAUCACUGUCAGUGGACUCUGAAACAGCCUGUGGGGAAGGCUACGAGCGCACGGUGUCAGUUGAUGAUGAGGAGAGUGCUGUCAUCAUUUAUGAUAACUGGAAACAGGACCUGUCCAAGCUGCAGUGCGAGGUGGUCGUCCUCGUGUUCUCAGUGACUGACCGGAGAAGUUUCCAUCGCACCGCACAGCUCCGCCUCAUCCUCAGGGAGUCACUGCCCCACACUCCCAUCAUCCUUGUGGGCAACAAGAGUGACCUUGUCCGUUCUCGGGAGAUCAGUACAGAAGAGGCACACUCCAGUGCCAUGAUGUAUGACUGCCAGUACCUGGAGCUGUCAGCUUCCCUAGACCAUGGGACAACCGAGCUGCUGGAGGGAGCCGUGAGGGCUGCCAGGGGCGACUGCGUGGGACCGGGUUGGACGGAGGGGGACCCCGGGGCAGGCCGCAGGGAGAGCCUGACCAGCAGGGCCAAGCGGUUCCUGUCUGGCCUGGUGCCGCGCUCCUACGGCCGAGGAGACAGAGACAGGGGCCAGUACAGGGAGAUGAGCAGACAGCGAGGAAGCAAGAUCCUCCGACAGAAAUCCCGCUCCUGUCAUGACCUCAGCGCCAUGUGAAACACCAGAUGGACUGUGAGAAAGGGGGGGGGGGGGGUGAAAAGCGGAGGGGAAAGAAUGGAGGAUGACAAUGGGGAAAGGGGAUGAGUUUUGGAGGGAGGAGCGGGAGGCGGACAUGGUGUGGAGAGAGAUGGGGAGAGAUGAGUCCUGGUUGUGUCGUUAUGUCAAGAGAAAAACCCAAGAAUGAUUAAAGAAUCAAGUAAAAGAGAGGCGAUUUGGAAAUGAUUGCGUCACAAAUGAUCCCUCACCCAAGAGGCACACACUCUCUGAUUAUGUAUAGGCUGAUAGAGAUCUAAUGUAGACCCUGUUUAAAGCAUGCUGUUCCACCAUGCUCUGCAACCAUGGAGAGUUGUAGAGAUAAGACUCUCCCUGUAGGCCCAUGUUGUAAUAAUAACAACAGCAUCCUGGUUCCCCCUCUUAUCGGCUAGUAGCUACAGUUUAUAGUUCCUCCCUUCCCUGUGAUCUUGCAACGCAAGACAGUUUAUAAAAGCCUCAUCCAUGCACUUUCUAUACCGGUGUUUCCGAUCGCAUUUCAUGUUGCUGCAUAAUCCCUUUAGGUCAGAUAUUGAUUUCAGCGAUAUUCAAUAAUCCCACUGAGAAGAAACCUUGGUUGGAGUGGGUCAUAUUACAGGAUCCAUCCUGGAAAUAAAAAUGAUGUAUUGUGGUUAGAGGAAAUCUGCCCACCAAUUACAGUCCCCUUUUACUGUGACUUUUCUAAACAUAUCUACACUUAUUUAACAAGGCCACAAGUAUAGAUGCUGCUACAACUGAGCCUAGCUGAGUAAAUUGCUCUAAAUUAAAAGAAACUUGUGGCCAGAGUAGCUCCCUUCUACAUGAUUUGAGUAUCCUAUAUGGGACCACAGAACCCACUGCACUAACUCCUGACAGAACCCACUUCACUAACUAAUGACAGAACCCACUUCACUAACUCCUGACAGAACCCACUUCACUAACUAAUGACAGAACCCACUUCACUAACUCCUGACAGAACCCACUUCACUAACUAAUGACAGAACCCACUUCACUAACUCCUGACAGAACCCACUUCACUAACUAAUGAUAGAACCCACUUCACUAACUCCUGACAGAACCCACUUCACUAACUCCUGACAGAACCCACUUCACCAACCUAUGACACAACACACUUCACUAACUCCUGACAGAAACCACUUCACUAACUCCUGACAGAACCCACUUCACUAACUCCUGACAGAACCUACUUAACUAACUCCUGACAGAACCCACUUUACUAUCUCCUGACUGCUGCUGAGUCAGAGCACCUUGGGUUGCUACCGGAUGACUGUGGCUGAGUCAGAGUAUCUUGGGUUGCUACAGAUCACAGGAAUUGGUGGUUGAGAAGAUGACAAAAAAGACAAGUUCCUGUGGCUGUUUAUGUUUUCAUGUUAGAAUGUUUUUUACACAAAGGAGUUGUAUACAUAAAUAACAUAAAGUUACAUAUACACUUUCCUCCGUUACUAUAGGGAUGUUGAAGAAUGUCUUAUUCUUUUGGCUCUGUACUUUAAAAGUUUGAAAUAAAAAAAAUACUAUGAGAUUCAA